CGCAGUGCACGUGUUUGCUCUUGAGUCCAAUGGAAACACCGGUUCGUUAUCCGUCAAACCUAUAUAACACUGAGGAGCUAAAACGAACGAUCUCUUUAGUAUCUGAUAAGCACGUGGAACGAAUAUCCAACACCGGGUAAUGAAACUGUUUCUUCUUUCGCUGUUGGCCACCGCCUUUUUCGGCUUGGUUGCGUCGUCACCUGCCCGAAGGAUUGUCGGAGGCCAAUUUGCUGAGAAUGAGAAAAAGUUUCCCUACCAGGCGGCCCUUUUCGAGCUGGAUCAGUUCAAGUGCGGGGGAUCCAUCAUCGCCGAAAAGUGGAUUCUCACGGCUGCCCAUUGCAUUACCCAGCUCGAUGGAUCACCCACGCCGACUGACGAGCUGAAGGUUCUUGUUGGGUCACAUCAUCUCAACGAGGGAGGCAAAAAGGUGAAAACUGCGAAGAUUAUUCCUCACGCUGACUAUCCCAAGAUCAACUACGAUAUCGGACUGAUCAAGUUAGAGGAGGCGCUCGUUUUCGAUGAAACAAUGCAAACGCUUGAACUGUACCGCGGCAAGUUGCCGGUCAACGCAACGGUCACCAUUUCGGGCCAUGGGAAGACCGGGAAUGACGAACCAAUCUCGGAGGUGCUCAAGUACAACACAAUGACCGUGCUGGGCGAGACAGACUGCUUUAACGAAAUUAUCAACUCCGGUUGGAAGAAAAUCAUCUGUAUGAACAAUACCGUGGAUAAUGGCAUUUGCACGGGAGAUUCCGGAGGUCCUGCGGUCUACGAUGGAAAGCAAGUCGGCGUGGCUAACUUUGUGCUGGGAAAAUGUGGAGGGAAGCGUCCUGAUGGGUACGCUUUUGUGCCGUUCUUCGUCGACUGGAUUGAGAAAACGAUGGAAAAGGAGUGAAUCGGUGGUCAAAGAAUAAACGAAAAAUCACUCUUGUA